ACAGCUUCCAGCCAAUCACGUCUCGCGGCUCUUCUUCUUGCUUGUGGGGAGUCUGUGAAGCCCUCGUCGGUGGUUGAGUGGAGACAUGUGAUUGGAUGCUGAUAAACUACAGUGGGCGGGAAUGCAGGCGGCAGCGACGUGUUGUCCCGGUUACCAGCUCCCAGCCUGUCCCAUGGCUUCCUGUGAGAUGCGUAGUAGUAGCUGGUCUAUAGUGUAGUCUGCCUGCAGGAGCCAUGGCUCUCCGGGUGUCUAAGGAGGAGCUGGAUGAACAGUUUGAACAGUUCUUAAAAGAGUCUCUUUCAGAUGACUCAUUUGACAGUAACAAAAAAUCAGUUGUUCUUGAAAAUCUUGGAAAGCCUAAAGUUACAAAAACAAAAAAGAAAACCGCUUCUCCUUGGUGGAUCACUGAAGAUGACUCUGAUGAUGGAGAACUGGCUAGGACAAGCCGCAACUUUGUAAAACCUCAAAGUAUGUCACAGCCCAUUGAGGAAGUAGAAGAAGAGGAGCAUGUUGAAGAAAUGCAGAAAUCGAUUGAUCCUCUGAUUGCAUCAAUAGAAAAGGACAGCUUGGAGAUUGAUGAUUCAGUAGUGGCUUCUGGACCAAAUCAAGCCUUUCAUGGGGUCGGACUUGAUACUUUAGAAGAACAAGAAGAGAAAGAAAGAUUUUUCGCCAGGCUUGAAAAAGGUGCUUCAUCUACAAUUGACUAUUCAAAGUUAAUUAAGGAACUGGAUUCUACUGAUUCAACUCAACUUACGACUUAUAUGCGCAAUAAAGACCAUGCUCAAGCAGAUGAGGAUGAACAUAAAGAUGAAAGUAAAGAUGUGUCAGUUAAUUAUAGUGAAGACUUUGAAGAUGAGCCGGAAGCCAACAGUCAUUUGGUCCAAAAAUCAGAAGAAAAUGGUGAUCUUAUGGAGAUUAAAAGUCAGAUUCGUCCAGAAGAAGAAAAGCAUGGGAUGCUUGCUAAAGUCGUGCUGAUUGACUCAAUGGACUCGACAAUUGAUACUCAAAAGAUUUUGCCGCAAACACAAGAAGAAAUUGAAUCCGUUAUGCCCCAUGGGACACACGAAGCAAUUGGUUCAGGCAUUUCAAAUCAGUACACAAACAGUGACAUGGAAGCUUUGCAUCAGGCGUACCAAAACCUUGAGGCAUCAAUAAAAGGAACAGAGGUGCGGAACACUUAUCCAAAUAUCAUUGGUAACACAGUGACACUAUAUCACCAUGGAAUCGAUUCACAGAAAAAUAGCCUCAACAAAGCCCUUGCUGGCGAUUCAGACCUAUCCACUGUGGAUGAAUUAAUGCAACGUAUUCGAGGAGAAGAAGGUUUUACUUUGUCGAGUGUCAACAUGCACGUGGACAAGGGUGUGCUUCCAUAUACUCUGCAUAAAGCAGUCGGAAAAGAUCCAAGUCAGUCAUUACCAGAAGAGCAAGUUUCACAGAACUUGCAUAAUUCGCAUGGCGAAAAAACAAGUGAGGUCUUUCUUGCACAUGAAUUUGAUAAUCAUUUUAAAGGCAAACAAAAGAUAUUACCGAAGGACUUGGAAAGUCGAGGGCCAUCUACAGAGCCAAAUCGUUCAGAAAUAAAUGUUAUGUACUCUGGUGAAAGAAGUGGGCAAGCUGACAAAUAUGGAAGUGACCUUUCUGUAAGUGCAGCUUCUUCUGCUCCGUUCUAUAUUAAGCAUUCAAGCAAGAUGGUAAAGAGUCCACCGUCCUCUUUAAAGAAAGGUCAGAGCCAUCAUUAUUCUUAUGUUAAAAGCUCUGGCUAUGGAAAGAUUAACAUACAAAUGAAAAGGAUGUCUGAUGACGACAGUUCAAUAUCCAAGGAGUUACAUACGGACAUAAAGUGGAAGUCACCUACUGAGCGGAAACAAAAAGGUGUGUUAUCUGCCACAAAGUCCAUAAGGUUUGCAGAAAACGCAAUCAGAUUUCCAAGGGAUAAGGUGGAACAUCAAGACUCUGCUGCACAAAUCAAUAUAGUAAAAGCUAAAGACACUGAAAAGUUGAGUGUUCCUGUCGGUCCAAAUGGAAGAACCUCAGAAAUCCAUUAUUCAGAUGUCAGUGGCAACGACCUGACCAUCCUCCAGAGACUUCAGAAUGUCGAAGAGAAGAUAAAUGCAGCACAUGGGCAGACAAUAACUGUCAAAGAAGACCCUUUAAGAAAAGAGCAGGAAUUUAAGCAGGAUAUAGAACAGCUGAAAAUAAAUUAUGAGAAGGAAAUAAAAGAGUUAAAGCACGAAAACUUUCUUCUGCAAACAAAGUUACAUGCAGGGGAAGGAAAAAUCCAGAAAAGGAGCCAUCUGCUUGGAGAUCAGAAUGCGCCUAUAACAGAAGAAAAAAUUCAGCAAAUAAGACAAGAAAUUUUGGAACAAGAGACACUUCUUCAUGGGUAUCAGCAGGAAAAUGAAAGGCUUUAUAAUCAAGUUAAAGAGCUCCAAGUUAAAAACAAACAAAAUGAAGAGCAAAUGUUUCUAGAAAAUCAGGCUUUGAAGUCCGAACUUAUUUCAGUAAGGGAAAAGGUGAAUAGUGUGAAACUGCAUGGUCAGUAUGCUGGCACUGAUACCAACAGUUCUAAAGAUCUGGCUGCUGAACUGAGUGCUAUACAGAAAAGAGAGAGCAAUUUGCUAGAAGAUAUAGCUAGGUUCAAGAAGGACAAACAGGCGUUGGAAGUAGACCUGUUGCAGAUGAAGAAAGAACGAGAUCUUCUGAAAGGCCAGUUAGCCAACAUUUCAGAUGAUAAAUCAUACGAAAUUAAGAUCAUGGAAGAGACCUACAAGAAGGAAAUCGCCCGAUUGAAUAAAAGAUUACAUUGGUUUGCAGAAAACCAAGAUAUAAUGGAUAAAGAUGCUGGACGACUUAAAGAUGCAUACGAACAAAUAGAAAGUUUGAAGAUACAGGUUGAAAAGCUACAACAUGAUUCUGGAAGUCAAUCUGUCCCACAACAGAACCGAGUAAAGGACAGAGCUGCAGAUGCAAAGCGUAUUCAAGAUCUAGAGCGGCAGGUUAAAGAAAUGGAAGCAAUUAUUAGGAGAAGACACCCCAACUCCAUACCUGCACUCAUGUUUGCAGCUGCAUCAGUGUCUGAAACGGACAAGCCAUCAAAAAAUAAUACAGUAAGCUUCUUGGAAAGAAGAAUACAAAAACUAGAAAAUGACCUUGAAAGCAAAGAUGAGGAAGCCAAGAAAAGCCUGCGCAGCAUGGAGCAGAACUUUCAAAAGGUCAAGAUACAAUAUGAGAGUAGAAUAAAUGAGCUUGAGGAAUUACUGGCUCAGGGACCACUAAAUAAACCCCAGAAGAGUAGAGACUACACCGUAAAAGUUAAAGCCCUUGAGCAAGAACUUUCUAUAUUUAAGGAUGCUCAUCACACCACAGUAAUAAAUUUGCAAAAAGAAAUUGAAGUCCUCAAAGCGAAGAACUUGGUCUUGGAACAUAAACUGAUGCUCAAAGAAGGAUCUAUUGAGUCAAAUAGUAACGUGGAGGAGACUCCUGAUCAAGCAAGGUUGACAAGACUUAACCAGGAACUUGUCUCUAAAAGUAAGGAGAUUCAGGAGCUUUCAAAAACAGUGGAGCGGCUUCAAAAGGAAAGGAUGAUGAUGCUUUCUUUGAAAACCCAUUCAAGCACAGUUCGUAACCGAAACGAGAAUGGCAGGACUGCUGGUGUUUUACCCCCUCCCAGCACAACAGAGAAGGAAAAUUUUCCAGCAAUAUUGGAAGAUAAAUUAUAUCAGCCAUAUACAUUUACAGACGUUCAUAUUUCUGAUCUGCAACAGCAAAAUAAGAGACUUGAAGCUGAAGUACUCAAAUUAUCUCAAGACCUGACCCAACAAAUUACACAUUACAAAACGUCUCUGGUUAAUGCAGAAUAUAAUUCAAAAAGGAUAAAAGAAGAGGCGGCUGAACAGGUGGCAGCUCUUAAACAGUCGCACCAGAGAGAGAUGGAAAGACUUAUUUGUCAGCAGGCAUUAGAGCAUUCUUCAUCUAGGGUGGCUGAGCUAAGCAGUAAAAUUUCAACUCAAGAGAUCAUUAUAAAGCACCUUCAAAAGCAAGUUGUUGAUCUACAGAAGGACAGAGAGACUCUGGCUGUUUCACGAAUCAGGGAGGAAACUCUACAAAAAGAGAUGGCAAACCUGUUGGAGGAAUUAAAGAUGGCCAAGGAAUGUCACAGUCCAGAAAUGAGGCACUUUUUAACACUUGAAAGUAAAAUCAAACACAUGGAAAUCAGGCAUUCGCAAAGGGAGCAAGAACUCCAACAGAUAAUUGACCGAACACGUCACGUGGCUGAAGCUGCACAAGUCAAAGAAGUUGAGAAAUGGAAGAGGCUUGUGCAACAAAAGAACAUGGAGCUGGAGAAGUUUAGAACAGAGUUAGAUGCAAUAUUAGAUGUCCUUCGAAUGUUACAGAAGCAGGGAGUUGUUAUACCUACUUCCGCAUCACAAGCAUCUGAAAUCUACUAAAAUGUGACUUAACAGCACAAUGAGAAUUUCUUAAUGUGUCUUGUAAUUUAUUACAUAGCUUAUU